AGGAGCCGCUGUCGCCCCGCCCUCUGGGCGGGAUCGGUUAUAAAAUCCUGUGUGAAGCCGCGCGUACAGUUAGUCAUACAAACCGGGUUUGACGGCGACGGCCAUGAGUGUUAUCGUCGCGCCCUUGCUUCUACUGCUGGCGACGACGCUGAAUCUUCCCGAGCGCUUGGUAUUUGCAGAAAAUACAACAUGCAUUUGGUAUGGAGAAUGUGGGACAGAUAAAGCUACACAGAAGAAAUACAACUGCAAAUAUGAGGGCCUGCCCAAACCAUUGCCCAAAGAAGGACAUGAACUCAUUCAAGAAUUGUGCCCAAAUUUUCUGUAUGGGGAUGUCGAUCUCUGCUGUGAUGUUCAACAGCUACAAACACUUAAAGACAAUAUACAGCUGCCACUUCAGUUCCUGUCCAGGUGCCCAUCUUGUUUUCAUAACUUCAUGACCUUUUACUGUGAACUGACUUGCAGUCCCGUUCAGAGCUUGUUUGUCAAUGCCACCAAGUUUGAACCGUACAUUCAGAAUCAAACCAGCAUCACAGAAGUGGAAUACUACAUUGGAUCAAGCUUUGCAAAUGCCAUGUACAAUGCCUGCAAAGAUGUUCAGUCUCCCUCAAGUAAUGAAAAAGCUCUGGGGUUACUUUGUGGAAAAGAUGCAAAGGACUGCAAUGCUACCAACUGGAUUCAGUACAUGAGUACCACACAGAAUGCCCAGACUCCCUUCAACAUUAUUCCUAUUUUUGGCGAUCUUCCUGUUGGUGCAAUGAUCCCCAUGAACAACAAAACCAAAGGCUGCAAUGAGUCGUUAGAAGAUGGCUCACUACCGUGCAGCUGUCAGGAUUGCACCCUUGUUUGUGGCCCAAAGCCAGUGCUGCCACCACCACCUAUACCAUGGACCAUCUUUGGUUUGGACGCUAUGGCAGUCAUAAUGUGGAUCUUCUAUCUGUUCUUUCUGCUCUCCUUUGGGGGAGCAGUCAUUGGUGUGUGGUUUUGCAGGAAGCAGCGUGUAGUUUCUGAAUAUGCACCGAUUAUGGAUGCCAGCACGAGCCAUUCCGUCAGCGUCAAUCAUGAUCUUGAUAAGAUGUCCUGUUGUGAACAGCUUGGUGCAAAAUCUGAAGCUUUCUUGCGCGACAUAUUCUCAAAGUGGGGGUCCUUCUGUGUGAGAAACCCUGCUCCAGUUAUCAUCUUCACCAUCAUCGCCAUCGCAGUCUGCUCUUCAGGCUUGGUGUUCAUGAGGAUAACCACUGAUCCCGUGGAAAUCUGGUCUGCCCCUUCCAGUCAAGCCCGCAAGGAAAAAUAUUAUUUUGACACUCACUUUGGACCUUUCUUUCGCACUGAGCAGCUGAUUAUUACAGCCCCACACACCAACUGGUCAACGUUCUCCCCUUAUCCGUCAGGAUCGGAUGUGCCUUUCGGCCCACCAUUGAGCAAAGAUAUAUUACACCAGGUGCUAGACCUGCAGGAUGCAAUCCAGGAUUUAGAAGCUUCUUACAAGAAUGAAAGUGUGCAGCUGCAGGACAUUUGCCUGGCACCUCUGUCUCCAUAUAACAAUAACUGCACCAUCCUCAGUGUCCUCAACUACUUCCAGAACAGUCACGCCGUCCUUGAUCAUUCUGUGGGUGACUUCUGGUUUGUGUAUGCCGACUACCACAGCCACUUCCUCUAUUGCUCCAAGGCUCCUGCUUCACUUAAUGACACAACAAUGCUUCAUGACCCGUGUUUGGGAACAUUUGGUGGACCUGUUUUCCCAUGGUUGGUUGUAGGGGGUUACAAUGAUGAAGAUUAUAAUAAUGCAACAGCACUGGUGAUCACAUUCCCUGUAAUUAAUUAUCACAAUGACACUGAAAAACUAAACAAAGUUUUGGCUUGGGAGAAAGUAUUUGUGGAUUUUCUGAAAAGUUAUAAUAAUUCCAACUUGAGCAUUUCAUUCUCGUCUGAACGGAGUAUUGAAGAUGAAAUAAAUCGUGAAAGUAACAGUGACGUCAAAACUAUUCUUAUCAGCUAUAUUAUCAUGUUCUUGUACAUCUCCAUUGCGUUGGGACACAUAAGGAGCUGUGCGAACUGCCUGGUGGACUCCAAGAUCUCUCUGGGAAUAGCCGGCAUUGUGAUAGUCCUGAGCUCAGUGGCCUGUUCCCUCGGCAUCUUCAGUUACGCUGGAAUCCCCAUCACUCUGAUCGUAAUUGAAGUCAUUCCCUUCCUGGUGCUGGCAGUCGGUGUGGACAAUAUCUUCAUCAUUGUGCAGACCUUCAGGAGAGACAAACGGCUGCUCAACGAGUCGAUUGACCAACAGAUUGGCAGGGUUCUGGGCGAGGUGGCACCAAGUAUCUUCCUGUCGUCCUUCUCUGAGACUGUGGCAUUCUUUCUGGGUUCCUUGUCCACAAUGCCGGCAGUCCGAACCUUCUCCCUCUUUGCCGGAAUGGCUGUGUUCAUAGACUUCCUGCUCCAGAUAUCGUGCUUUGUAAGUCUCUUCGGGCUGGAUAUCAAGCGACAAGAGAGUAAUCGUAUGGAUAUCGUGUGCUGUGUGAAACAAGAGAAGGUUGAUGCAGAUCAUUCUGAAGAAUUGCUGUUCAGAUGCUUCAAAUAUAUCUAUGCUCCAUUUUUAUUAAAAAACUGGAUGCGCCCUAUUGUGGUAAGUACGGAGUUCAGAGCUUUGACGGAAUGCCGCUGAGC